AUGGAUUCCGAGGCAUCCAGAGCAAUCUCAUAUUUCAAAUCCAUACCAUGGUGCGCAAGGCUGCUCGAGGAUGAUGGGUCUCUCGUCGUGCAAGUGUCCCCGAACAGGACCGUGCUCCCGGGGCUCGAGAACCAAUUCAUAGCCUCAACGAUCAACUCGAACAGCACGAUAUCGGACUGGCUGCUCUUCUACAAGCGGCCGGUGACAAAAGGAUCCGGCAUAGAAACUCUGAAUGCCCUCGUUUCCCUUGGGUAUGAAUUGACCGGGUUUCCGGGAUCCCUACAUGGUGGAAUGGUGUCUGUGAUAGUCGAUGAGGUUGCUGGGCUUCAUAUUGUGCUGAACGGCCAUGUCCCGGGCACGGAGUUGGACAAGUCAUUUCGGACGGCGUACAUCAACACAUCCUAUUUGAGACCAGUCCCGACACCAGCGACGGUUCUUGUGAGAUCUUGGAUCGCGAAGGUGGAGGGGCGGAAGCAUUUGGUUCGAGUCGAGAUCGAGGACGAGAACGGGCAGACACUGGCAAAAGCUGAGGUGUUAUACAUAUCAAUUAAAGGCAAACUUUGA